ACGUUGGUAGACAUGUAAAAAGUGCGCGUUGCGAUCGUCAGUUUGAAAUACUCUGGAGUAUGUAUGGUAUUUACCGUACAGGUUGAAUAAACAUUCUUACAGGAAGACUUCCGUGUGUUAAAUAAGAAGCACAUGGAUCACCAUACUACUCAGAUUAGUGCAUUAACUAGAAGAUUGGUAGAAUGUGUUGGACCAGUCUUCUUGAGUUUCUGGCAGGUUGAGCCUGGAAUUUCAGAUGAUGCGUUAACACUUCAAGAAGAAGAGGAAUCAGAAGAUGAGUUGACCUCUACUUUUGUUGAUCCAGAUGAUGUGAAUUUUCUUAGAAGCCUUGAUCCUAAAGAGUGGAAGGAACAAGAUCAUUAUGCUGUUCUUGGUUUAAAGAAAUUACGUCAUAAAGCUACAGAAGAUGAUAUAAAAAAAGCUUAUCGCUUGAAAGUGUUGCGUCACCAUCCUGAUAAGCGUAAGGCUCAAGGAGAGGAGAUUCGUCCUGAUGAUGACUACUUUACCUGCAUUACCAAAGCCUGGGAGAUAUUGGGUAAUCCACGCAAUCGCCGUUCAUAUGAUUCUGUUGACAAAGAAUUUGAUGAUUCUAUACCAACAGGCAAUGAGCAUACUCGGAAUAAUUUCUAUGAGGUGUUUGGGAAAGCAUUUGACUUGAACUCACGCUGGUCUGAGAAGAUGCCAGUACCAAAAUUAGGAAAUGAGUCAACAUCAAGAGAAAAUGUUGAACGGUUUUAUUCCUUUUGGUAUAACUUCGAAUCAUGGCGUGAAUAUUCAUACCUGGACGAGGAAGAGAAAGAACAAGGGCAAGGACGUGAGGAACGUAAGUGGAUAGAGAAACAAAAUAAAGCAGCUCGUGCUAAACGGAAGAAAGAAGAGAUGGCGAGGAUUAGAAGUCUUGUUGACAUAGCUUACAGCUUAGAUCCUCGUAUUCAAAAAUUCAAGCAGGAAGAUAAAGAUCGCAAAUUGGCCGUAAAGCAAGCUAAAAAGGACGCCGCAAGAGCUCGUCAGGAGGAAGAAGAUCGUAGAGCACAUGCUGCUGAAGAAGAGAUGAGGAAACAGAAGGAAGAAGCAGAAGCAGAACAGAAGGCAAAACAGGAUGCUAUCAAAGCGGAACGCGAAGCUCAGAAACGCGCUCUCAAAAAGGAGCGUGCGUCGCUUCGGAAACUGGCCAAAGGAAAUGACUAUUAUUCGGUUGAUCCUUCUGAAAUGGUCCACCACAUGGCUAGUCUUGAAAAGAUCUGCGAAUGCCUGAGAGUAGAUGAGCUGGAAGAACUAGUUACGAAAUUGACGCUCGAUGGUCGGGAAGCUUUCCUUCAAGCAAUGGAGGAAACAGAACGUCGCAUUGAGCGAGAGCGGCAAGAACUGAUGGAAUCUGCCACUCGUUCCUGUGGAGGUGGCUCAGGAACUACAGGUAGAAGUAAGAAGGGCUCAACUCCAUGGACACACGAACAGUUGCAGUUGCUGAUCAAGGCUGUUAACGUGUUCCCUGCAGGAACAAACCAGAGGUGGGAAGUGGUCGCCAAUUUUAUAAAUCAACACACCGUUGGUGACUUUGUGCCACGGACUCCAAAAGAAGUGCUCGCCAAGGCUAAAGAUCUUCAAAGCUGUGACUAUUCUAGAAACAUCCUUAAAGUUGCUGCCAACCAAAAAGCAUAUGAUAACUUUGAGAAAGAUCAAAAAGUUUCUGUAGAAGUUUCUGCAACUACAUCUCAGAGGUUUGAUAGUCCAGCUGAUCAGCAGGGAAUAAAAAUAACUCCUUGGACUGCAAUUGAACAGCAACUUUUAGAGCAGGCUUUGAAAACUUAUCCUGCCUCAACAUCUGAACGGUGGGACAGGAUCGCUGAAUGUCUUCCCACACGCUCCAAGAAAGAUUGUAUGAGAAGAUACAAGGAAUUAGUGGAAAUGGUAAAAGCAAAAAAGGCUGCUCAAGCUGCCAUUGCUCCAAGCAAGUCAAAAUAGCACAAGUUUGUUCCUAUUCUAUGUAUGAAUGAAAUUAAUGAACUGUUUAUUCAGAAGAAUCUUUUGUGUCUCUUACUUUUACUGUAUUUUAUUCUCUUUUGGUUUUUGAAUAGUGGGGGAAGAAAUGAACAGUACAGUCACAUAUCAUAGAACAGCGUAGCAUUUUAUAAGUCGAGCAAAGGUUGCCAUAUUUAGUAAAUGGUAACAUUUUUUAUUGGUGUUGGCAUUAUAGUUUUGGAGAAGUAUUAUCUUUGAACUGAAGACAAUUUUACCGACUUCGUCUGAUGUAAACUGAAGAUAAACCGGAGCUUUGUGUAUGCAAGGGCCGAAAGUGAAUGAAGAUUCACUUCACAUUUAAUUGGCUUUCUUCUCGUUUAGUAAUAAAUAUUCCAGCAGCUUAUGAUUAAUACUGAAAUAUUUUUAAGGUAAUGCACAUUUUUAGGCCCUGCUUCCAGUAGCCAUAUUCGAAAAUGAAACAUUCACGUUUAUGAUUUAGGAACCCCUAUUUUGCCACAUUAUUUCUAUCCAUUUUACACUGCUACUUCAGUCAGGAAGUUUACUUGUGAUGUGUGUUCGUAGUUCAUUUUUGCUAAUGGAGAUAUACAGGGUGGGAGGGAAAAAAGUAGGCAUUGAGAAAUGGUUAAAACCUCUAUAUUUCCAAUGCAUAGCAAUUAUUUAAUGACUACUUACUUCCCACCCACCUUGUAUAUCUCAUUACAGCAAUUAGUCAUUAUUUUGAUGUAAGAUAUGUUUUAUAGGAUUUGAGGUUUUCAUGGCAGUGAGUUCAAAGAUGGCCAUCUUCUGAGUUGUUGUGCCACAUAGACUGGUAGAAGUUUUCCAAUGUUUCAGAGGUCCUUGCUGCCUCUACCUUUGAAAUGGAGGUAAAUUUCUAUCAGACUACGUGGCAAAGCGACCCAGAAGACGGCCAUCGUACAAUGUUUUAUUAUUUUCCUUGACAUGUGCUUAACAUAGCUCACAUGGAAUAAUUUUAUUGAAGUUAAAAGUGGCCUAUUCAAUCUUUUCAAUUUCCUAUCCUGUGAAUGCAAUUUAAAUAGAAGUGAAAAGAUGGAUUGCUGACACUAAUAGCAUAAUAAGAUACUAAUCAUAUGUUGCUACCAGAUUAUAUGACAUAGCAUAUCCUGAUUUAUAGUCCUUUGGUGUCUGUAUUAAACACUAAUCACUCCUGAGUUUGAAUACAGCCAACAAAGCUUUAUUUAUAAAAAGGGACUUUUGUAAUUUGGUACACUUAGAAUAUAACGCGAAUAAAUCACAUUUAACCAGUAAAGAUCUACGCAGAAUAAGUUUUAUGACUUCAAGGCGACUGUAUUAUCCUUUCUUUUCUCAUUGUAUUGCCUAAUUGGUAAUUGAAUGAUUAUGAAGUGUCUCAUAAAUACUGUUUGAUUUUUCUACAAUGCAAUACAACUGGUCCACUUGUAUGCUUAUUUUACAGUCUAGAUAAAAGGCAUGUCCAGAUAAAUAAUACUCAGCUCUUUUAGCAGUUCAUGAAGAGAUUUUAGGAUUUACAAACUUUACCUGCAUGCCACAAUGUAAACUUUGGAAUUAAAGCCAUAACUUAUUUACAA